GACAAGCAUUCUUUCUUUGCGUCCGAGGAAACAAAUUUUGCUUCACUUGGUCUGCAAACCUCCUUGGUCGAUGCACUGCAAGGCGCAGGAUAUGACAGGCCUUCAACAGUACAGGAGCUGUCAGCCCCACCUAUCCUGUCUGGAAGGUCUCUUGUCCUAGCGGCGGAGACUGGCAGUGGCAAAACAAUGGCUUACCUUGCCCCGUUGAUAUCCUCCAUUCUCUCAGGGAAGGCACAGGAGGCAGACGUGCAGAGCACAUCGUCAGAGGGGGCAGCCGAUGGCAUCUUGGUCCUGUGCCCCAACGCAGCUCUUUGCAGCCAGGUGGUGGCGUUUGCCGACUCGCUGAAGGGGCCGUCAGGGGCGCCGCUGGUGCGAAGCGCGCACAUUUCGUCGGCCGCGCCGCUGCCGCGGGACAUGCCGGACAUAGUCGCUGCCACGCCCGCGGGCCUCAUGGCGGCCACGCAGGAGUACGGCCAGUACGCCGGCUGGCACUGGACCAAGGCCGGCAUCGUCACCCGGAUUCGGCACGUGGUGCUGGACGAGGCGGAUCUGUUGUUGACCGGGGGAUUUCAGCGCGACGUGCGGCGCAUUCUUGACGCUCUGCGAGAGGGCGACCGCGCACAGCGCUCCAGCGCCGUCGCGCGCCAGCUGGGCGUGUCCGGGGACGCCCUCGCAGCCCUGCCCCGCCACCUGCGCAAAGCCGCCGCCCAAGGUGUGCCGGCCAUGCACACCUGCACCGUACAUCAUACACCAACAGACACUCUGAUGCGCGGAUGUGUUGGCACCAGGCGGACCUGGAAGCGGCAGUAUCUAUUCGUGGCGGCGACCAUGCCGUCAGGAGCCGGGCAGACAGUGGCGGGCGAUCUGGGCAGGCUCUUCCCCGACCUGCUGUGGCUGUCUGGGCCGAGCCUCCACGAAGCUCAACGGCGAGUGGCGCACACGUGGCUGCCUAUCACCCAAGACUCCUGGCGCAGCAGCCUGCAGGCACGCUCUCUCGGGGAGGUGGGUCAGGGGCGGACGCUGGUGUUUGCUGCCAACGUGGCUGCAGCGAAUGAGGUAGCCACUGUCCUGGCAGAUGUGGGCCUGCAGCCGCUGCUGUACCACCGGGAGGUGUCGCCCCAGGACAGAGCUGGCGCCCUGGACGCCAUGCGAGCAGGGGAGGGGGGAGUGCUGGUGUGCACGGAUGCAGCGGCUCGCGGCAUUGACAUUCCAGAUGUCACCCAUGUGGUGCAGAGCAGCUUUGCUGCCAGCGCUAUAGACUUCCUCCACAGGGUCGGCAGGACUGGCAGGGCCGGGAAGGUUGGGAGGGUGACAUCCCUGUACAUGCCAAAUCAUGCCGUCCUGGCGGAAGCAAUCAAGGCAGCGGUGGAUGCUGGGGAGCCCGUGGAGGGCGCUUUUAGCAGGAACCGCUCCUUCAGCAAGAAGGUCAGGAAG